GUUUGUGAACGAUGCCUGUCUGUAAUCGGCAUCACCGGCGUAGUACCAUCGUCCAACCAAUAAUUCAUUCUCGCGCUGUGGCCGAUGCGAUGUAGCACCAGUGUCCACCGUCUACUUUUCAUGGUCUCCAUCGUCUUCUCGAUCCAACGCCCGCUAGCUGUGCCCGUGAUUCUAUUUCUUGGCCACGCGGUGUACUUCCGUUUCAGAUACCAUGGCGCAGCCGCUACACUUCGUCCUGGUGCCGCUCCUUGCGCCGGGCCACGUGAUCCCCAUGCUCGACCUGGCGCGCCUCAUCGCCGGCCGCGGCGGCGCGCGCGUCACCGUCGUCCUGACGCCCGUCGCCGCCGCACGCAACAGGGCCGUCCUGGAGCACGCUUCCAGCCAGGGGCUCGCCGUCGACGUGGCUGAGCUCCAGUUCCCGGGGCCGGCGCUUGGGUUGCCCGAGGGGUGCGAGAGCCACGAGAUGGUCACCCACCCGUCCCACUUCACGCUCUUCUACGAAGCCGUCUGGCUGCUCGCCGGCCCGCUGGAGACGUACCUCCGGGCGCUGCCACGGCGGCCGGACUGCCUCGUCGCCGACACCUGCAACCCGUGGACGGCCGACGUCGCGCGCCGGCUUGACAUCCCACGGUUUGUGUUCCACGGCCCGUCGGCGUUCUUCCUCCUCGCGCAGCAUAGCCUGGCCAAGCACGGCGUGCACGACGGCGUCGCCGGCGACUUCGAGCAGUUCGAGGUGCCCGGUUUUCCGGUGCGCGUCGUCACGAACAGGGCGACGUCGCUUGGGUUCUUCCAGUUUCCUGGGCUGGACAAGGAAAGGCGUGACACGCUGCUCGCCGAGGCCACCGCCGACGGCUUCCUCUUCAACACGUGCAUGGCUUUCGAGAGCGCGUACGUCAAGGGAUACGGAGCGGCGCUCGACCGGAAGGUGUGGACGGUCGGACCGCUCUGCCUGCUGGACUCCGACGCCGAGACGACGGCCGGAAGAGGCAACCGCGCGGCCGUCGACGCCGGCCUGCUCGCCUCUUGGCUCGACGGGCGGCCGCACCAGUCCGUGCUCUACGUCAGCUUCGGCACCUUGGCCCGCCUCUUGCCGCCGCAGCUCGCCGAGCUCGCCGCCGGCCUGGAAUCGUCGAACCGGCCGUUCAUCUGGGUGAUCAGGGACUGGGAGACCGGCGACGUCGACGCCGGGUUCGACGAGCGCGUGGGCGGCCGCGGCCUCGUCAUCCGCGGGUGGGCGCCGCAGAUGAGCAUCCUGUCGCACCCGGCGGUGGGCGGCUUCCUGACGCACUGCGGGUGGAACUCCACGCUGGAGUCCCUCUCCCACGGCGUGCCGCUCCUGACAUGGCCGCACUUCGCCGACCAGUUCUUGAACGAGACGCUGGUCGUGGACGUGCUCGGCGCCGGCGUCCGCGUCGGCGUCAAGGUGCCGGGCAUGCACGUGUACCUGAACCCCGAGCUGUAUGCCAAACAGGUCGGGAGAGACGACGUCAAGAGGGCGUUGACGGAGCUGAUGGAUGAGGGGGCGGGAAUACGGACGACGGCAAAGAAGCUCGCGACGAUGGCAAGGGAGGCGAUGGCGGAGGGCGGAUCGUCGGACCAGGAUGUGGCCGAUAUGGUUCGCCAUGUCGGGGACCUCGCGCGCGCGCCGAGGAAGGAGAAGGACGUGCUGGUUACCUGACGUGCCCGAUCGACCUUGGAACAGCAACAACAAGACAGGCGGCCAAGGCAAACAUUCCGCUGUAGCAUCCCUCUCUUAAUUAUUUGAUGUUUAGCAGAUCCUGCAAACCCAAAAAUGCUAGACCUACAAAAACUUACAAAGGUUUACUUAACCUUCCAAA